GGAUUCCGCCCACAAACUUUUCCCCCUUUGCAGGUGGCGAGCCUUGUCCCCUCAUUGUCCACAUGGCACGCGUGACCAAGGUGCUCGGAUGGAUGAAGCCUCGUCAGGACGCCAGCGCGUAGUGCACACGCACGGAGCUGCUCACGGACAUAAAGUUGUGUGAUUUUUUUUUUUUUUUUUUAAGUCGUGGAGGAGGGAAGCGUGCGAUCCGCCGACGCCAUGUGGUCGCUGUCCGCGGUGCUGAAGCCCCUGUUGGUCCUGCUGCUGCUCGGAUCGUCUCCUUCAGUGACCAUCAGGCCAAAGGAAGGGUGGCAGGUGUACAGCUCGGCUCAGGACGCAGACGGCCGCUGUAUCUGCACGGUGGUGGCACCAGAACAGAACCUGUGCUCCAGAGACGCCAAAGGCAGACAGCUCCGCCAGCUGCUGGAGAAGGUGCAGAACAUGUCUCAGUCAAUCGAGGUUCUGAACCUGCGGACGCAGAGGGACUUUCAGUAUAUCAUGAGGAUGGAAAGCCAGAUCAAAGGACUGCGGUCAAAGUUUCGACAGAUUGAAUCAGACAGGAAGACGCUCGUCAACAAAAACUUUCAGGACUUAAAGGGAAAGAUGGAGUCCCUGCAGCCUUUGAUCCCUGUCCUGGAGCAGUACAAGACCGACACUAAGCUCAUUGCCCAGUUCAAAGAGGAGAUCAGGAACCUGUCUGUGGUGUUGAUGACCAUCCAGGAGGAGAUGGGGGCCUACGACUACGAGGAACUACAACACAGGGUGCUAAAUCUAGAAACUCGUCUCCGCAACUGCAUGAGCAAACUCACAUGUGGUAAACUAAUGAAGAUCACUGGACCUCUGACUGUAAAAACUUCAGGGACUAGAUUUGGAGCCUGGAUGACCGACCCGCUGGCGCCUCUCAAAAACAACAGGGUGUGGUACAUGGACAGCUACACCAACAACAAGAUCGUCAAAGAGUACAAAUCCAUCCCUGAUUUCGUGGCUGGAGUCGAGUCCAGAACCUAUAACCUACCCUUCAAAUGGGCCGGAACCAACCAUGUGGUGUACAACGGGUCUCUGUACUACAACAAGAUGCAGAGCAACAUCGUCGUGAGGUACAGCUUCGAGACGGGACGCGUGGUCAGCCAGCGGGCACUGGAGUCGGCGGGCUUCCAUAACGUAUACCCCUACACCUGGGGAGGCUUCUCCGAUAUCGACCUGAUGGCGGAUGAGCUGGGCCUGUGGGCCGUGUACGCAACCAACCAGAACGCGGGAAACAUCGUUAUCAGCCAGCUAAACCCAGACACGCUCCAGAUCCUCAAUACGUGGAACACGGAAUAUUCUAAAAGGAACGCCGGCGAGUCUUUCAUGAUCUGUGGGACGCUCUACAUCACAAACUCCCACAUGACCGGUGCCAAGGUGUACUACGCCUACUCCACCAAAACCUCCACAUACGAGUACACAGACAUUCCUUUUCAUAACCAGUACUUCCACAUGUCCAUGUUGGACUACAACGCCAGGGACCGCACCCUCUAUGGCUGGAACAACGGUCACCAAGUCCUGUUUAAUGUCACACUUUUCCACAUUAUCAAAACAGAGGAUGACUCAUAAGUGAAAGAACGGAAACAUUUGACUGGAAGUUC